CAGAGCGACCAAACUCGCUUGUCUUUCAUAGCGGACCGCUGAGGACGUGUCUUGUGUCAGAGCCGCGAUAACAGCAUCCUUUUGCUGUUAUUCAGCUCUUGCACAUCAAUGACACUAAACAGUGUUGCGACGUGCUUUUUUCAUACGAGAUUAUUUUCAUAGACUUGUGUUUUUUUUUUUCUACAGAAUUUUGUACAUCAUCGAGAUUGUUUUUCUUUUCUUGUCGCCAUGGUGCUAGGAAAAGUCAAGAGCUUCGUUGUAAGCUAUGACUGUCACAACGACAGCAAUGUCCCUGUCUUCUCCAGCGGGGACUGUGUCUCAGGAAGAGUCUUCAUCGAAGUGACCGGAGAAAUCCGUGUCAGGUCUCUGAAAAUCCACGCCAAGGGGCUGGCGAAAGUGCGUUGGACUGAAUCGCGAAAUGCUGGAUCCAACACUGCCUACACUCAGAAUUACACAGAAGAAGUGGAGUAUCUCAGUCACAAAGACAUCCUUAUUGGCCAUGGAAGAGAUGACGAUAACUCUGAGGAAGGUCUCACCACAAUUCAUUCAGGAAGACAUGAGUAUGCAUUUAGCUUUGAGCUUCCACAAACACCUUUGGCUACCUCUUUCGAAGGGAAGCAUGGCAGUGUGCGUUACUGGGUGAAAGCAGAGCUGCACAGACCAUGGCUUCUGCCCAUGAAGACCAAGAAAGAGUUCACCGUUUUUGAACACAUCGACAUUAACACUCCCCUUUUGCUGUCUCCACAGGCAGGCACGAAAGACAAGACACUAUGCUGCUGGUUCUGCACCUCAGGUCCAAUCUCCCUAAGUGCCAAAAUUGAAAGGAAGGGUUACACCCCAGGAGAAUCAAUCCAGAUCUUCGCUGAAGUUGAGAACUGUUCCUCGCGCAUGGUCGUGCCAAAGGCUGCCAUCUACCAAACCCAGACCUUUUAUGCCAAAGGGAAGAUGAAGGAGAUCAAGCAAUUGGUGGCCAACACCCGUGGCGAGUCUCUGCCUUCUGGCAAGACAGAGACGUGGAAUGGGAAGUUGCUGAAGAUCCCUCCCAUGUCACCGUCCAUCCUGGACUGCACCAUCAUUCGAGUGGAGUAUUCGCUCAUGGUCUACGUGGACAUUCCAGGAGCUAUGAACUUGUCCCUCAACUUGCCCCUGGUAAUUGGCACUAUCCCCCUGCACCCAUUUGGCAGCCGCACAUCCUCUGUUAGCAGCCAGUGUAGCAUGACCAUGAACUGGCUCGGCAUGAGUCUCCCAGAGAGACCUGAAGCUCCACCAGCUUAUGCAGAGGUGGUCACAGAGGAACAGAGACAAAGCUGCCUGGAAGUGUCCUCGGGCCGUGAAGACUUUGACGGCCCACUGUUUGCCUACAUCCAAGAGUUCCGCUUUCAGCCUCCUCCUCCAUAUUCUGAGAUUGAUCCAAAUCCAGAUCAAACCAGACAGCCAGAGGAGCAGAGGCCUGACACAUGCCCAUCACGCUGAAAAGCUCAUAGCACCAGCUCAGAGCAGUCGUGCCCUUCAAACUUUCAACUUUCAGUUUUUUCCUGGAGACGACGAGUGCACGAGCACUGCUGUCGACGCCGAGAGAAAACGAACAUGCAGGAGGAGGACAGUAAAGUGCAGGAAGUCGCUGCUGUGUCACUUCAUUCCUGCCACAGGGAAGUGUGAUCACAUUGCUCAUCUGUGUCGAUCCCUGUGGACAGAUGCACCUGAUUGGACUGCGACGCCAGGAUUUAAUCAGCCUAGUUUCUGUUGUCCUCUUGCUUCUUUCUGUAACCAUGGCACAAAGUAAGGUUCUGUAGUGCAGAGCUACCUGGAGACAGACAAAUAUGCAGAGGACACACUAUAGCUACCACCUGCAGUACAAAGGAGAGAAAACUAGAAUCUCUUGCUUAUGUUGUGGAUUUUUGCACAUCUUUUUUUUUUAGCUUGAGUUAUAAGGCUCAAUUUGAAAAUCUUUUUUUUUUUUUUUCCACUGUCUUGGUCUAAUAUGACUAAAUCAUUGCAGGCUUGUUUCGAUUUAUCUGCACAGCUUGCUGAGAAUAAAUUCAGAGACAGAAAUCUGACAUUCAGAGACUCGAAUCCUGCUCUGAUCUACUUUUUGUUCUUAGGUGGUUCUGUUUUUCUUAAUUGCGUUCCCUCCUAAGGACAUGCUGAUGACAAACUGCGUCCAGUGGCAUACACCACCUGAAAGGCUCUUCACGCUUGGCAUUGUUGCCUGUGUGACUUGUAAUAGCAGUGUGACUUUUUUUUUUUUUUUUCCUCCCCCCUUCCUGUUCACAUGGACACCAUCUAUAGGUUUUAAACAUAGAAUGCCUUCAAGUCAAUCUCCGUUUGUUUGGGGAUUAUGCUCUAGCGCAUGUUUUGUGGUAGAGAACAGAAGAUAUUUGCCACUUGCAUGCGUAGGCAGUGGGGAGAGAUAAAACAGGGUGGAACCCAGCAGUUCGCCUGCAGAAGGCCUGAACAGUUUGUUGCCUUUCUAUUUGUAGUGUAAUACAGUGCAGGAUUCUAUAUAGUACUGCCUAAAAAGUACUCAGACUCAGGAGAACUUCUCACUUGCCAAAAGGUUGGAAACAAAAAAAAAAUCUAUAUGAAAGACUGUUUCAAUUGCACUGUUUGAAAGCAAAAAAGGAUGUAGGUGAGACAAUAAUGUAGAUUAGAUUAACCGAACAGACAAGAUAAUGCACAAGGCAGCUUUCUAAGACGAACGACAUUCCCUUUUUGUCCUGCUUUCCUUCAAGACCUUUUUUUUUGUCGCAACAUUCCUCCAGGCCAGUGAUGGCAGAUAUGAUUUCAGAACAAUGACUGCGACUCCAAAAGGACCCACGAAGAAAUUUGAAGUAGCCAAACUGUGGCUCGAACCGUGUUGAAAUGAGGCAUACAUUAGUUUUUGGAACUCAUUCAACAACUACGUUAAUGCUCCACAUCUGUGCAGUAAUAAUGUAGCACCUGGUGGGUGUUUAUUUUAUUUUUUUUUUUAAUGAAAUAUAAAGGUUAAUCAUAUCUCACUGAGGUCUGGAGGAAGAUUGCUAUUCAACCAUCUCCCAGUGAAAAAGGUUUAAGCAGUGUUUGAUACAUCGCUUACAUUCACAACCUUUUGAAAUGACUCCAUGGAUGAUCGUAGCCGAUGUGUGCGCGUGUAUGUGUCGUUUGUGGUUUCUGUAAGGGGUGUGUAGGAUUCGGUGAGUUUUUGACUUCUGCUUUAAACGUACACAGACUCAUUAAAGUGGUCUUAUCAUAGUGGCCUUGAAGAACUGACCUGGUUCAUCACUCCCAUUCAUUACAACUUAAAACCUUCUGACUGUCUCUGUGUCGUCUGAAGCGUGUUUAUGUUUAAAAGGACAAAAAGGGAAAACCAAAUAGUCCUUCAAAGCGAGCACUGAUCCCCAGACAUGCCACUCUGAUUUGCUAUGGCUUAACUCCAUGUUUUGUGAUGACUAGCUUUGAUUACCAUUACGGGCAUUUAAGGCUUGGUUCCUGGUCAGACGACCAGCAGCAGUUCUGUUUCUCUCACCUGGCUUUAUUUUGGGAACAAUAGCUGUGGUUUAGCACACCUAUAGAGACCUGGGUUGCUAGUGGACGGAAUAGAUGUCACUAUUCUGAGACAAUUCAUUUCUUGUUUGUGUUCAUUUUAGUUUUUGGUAAUCUACACCUGGUAAAAUCACAACUGGCAAGUGAUUUUUGGGCCUUAGGCAAAAAUAAUAAGCUUAAACUUUAAUGCUCCCCCUUUCAUGGUCGGUCACUUCCUGUGCUUGGCCUUCCAUGUAGUCCAGUGUUAAAGCUAAACCCUUCACUCUCUCUGAGGAAUGAAUGAAGUUGGGGUUUUUUUUUUUGUUUGUUUUUUAUUAUUAUUAAAUAGAACCAAAGUGCAAUAUUUUCUGACAUUUGGUAUAACCUUUUGUGUUUUUAUUCAGUGAUCAUCAACACUACAUAACCAACAAAUUUCUGUUCGGAAUGGUCUUGAACUUGUCUUCGUUCUUCCUUGGAGCUAAAUAAAACUUUUCCAAGCAUUAAAA